CAUGUGUCCCGCGGUGGCUUCUGGGAAGUGCUGAGAACCGGAAGUAAACAUUGGCGUAUUGGCUUUGUUUCCGUCCAGUGGUUUGGGGUCCCCUGCGACAGGACUUGAGGAGGCCAGAUAACAAUGGCGGCUGCAGCUGUGGACACAGCUAAUGCUGCCCCCGUGGCAGGGUCCAAAGAAAUGAGUUUGGAGGAACCAAAGAAGAUGACCAGAGAGGACUGGAGAAAGAAGAAAGAGCUAGAAGAACAGCGAAAACUAGGUAAUGCUCCUGCAGAAGUUGAUGAAGAAGGAAAAGACAUCAACCCUCAUAUUCCUCAGUAUAUUUCUUCAGUGCCAUGGUAUAUUGAUCCAUCAAAAAGACCUACUUUAAAGCAUCAGAGACCACAACCAGAAAAACAGAAGCAGUUCAGCUCAUCUGUAGAAUGGUAUAAGAGGGGUGUAAAAGAGAAUUCCAUAACUACUAAGUACCGCAAAGGAGCGUGUGAAAAUUGUGGGGCCAUGACACACAAAAAGAAAGACUGCUUUGAGAGACCUAGGCGAGUUGGAGCAAAAUUUACAGGAACUAACAUAGCUCCAGACGAACAUGUCCAGCCUCAGCUGAUGUUUGACUAUGAUGGGAAGAGGGAUAGGUGGAAUGGCUACAAUCCAGAAGAGCACAUGAAAAUUGUGGAAGAAUAUGCCAAAGUUGAUCUGGCAAAACGAACACUGAAAGCCCAGAAACUCCAAGAAGAAUUGGCCUCAGGAAAGUUGGUGGAACAGGCAAAUUCUCCAAAACACCAGUGGGGAGAAGAGGAACCAAAUUCUCAAAUGGAAAAAGAUCAUAAUAGUGAGGAUGAGGAUGAAGAUAAAUAUGCAGAUGAUAUUGACAUGCCUGGACAGAACUUUGACUCUAAGAGACGGAUUACUGUUCGGAAUCUCAGGAUUCGAGAAGAUAUUGCAAAAUAUUUGCGGAAUUUAGAUCCAAAUUCUGCUUACUAUGAUCCCAAAACUAGAGCGAUGAGAGAAAAUCCCUAUGCCAAUGCAGGAAAGAAUCCAGAUGAAGUGAGCUAUGCGGGAGACAACUUUGUUAGAUAUACAGGGGAUACCAUUUCAAUGGCUCAGACACAGUUGUUUGCAUGGGAAGCCUAUGACAAGGGAUCUGAAGUGCAUCUGCAGGCCGAUCCUACCAAGCUAGAGCUCUUGUAUAAGUCCUUCAAGGUCAAAAAAGAAGACUUCAAAGAACAGCAGAAAGAAAGCAUAUUGGAAAAGUAUGGUGGCCAAGAACAUUUGGAUGCUCCUCCAGCUGAAUUGCUUUUAGCUCAGACAGAAGACUAUGUGGAGUACUCAAGACAUGGGACAGUCAUUAAAGGACAGGAGCGGGCUGUCGCCUGCUCCAAAUAUGAGGAGGAUGUGAAGAUCCACAAUCACACACAUAUCUGGGGAUCUUACUGGAAAGAAGGCAGAUGGGGAUACAAAUGCUGUCACUCUUUCGUCAAGUUUUCCUAUUGCACUGGAGAAGCUGGGAAGGAGAUUGUUAAUUCAGAGGAAUGUAUUGUAGAUGAUAUAAUUGGAGAAGAAUCCGUGAAAAAACCUCAAACCCUCAUGGAGAUACAUCAGGAAAAACUAAAAGAGGAGAAAAAGAAGAAAAAGAAGAAGAAGAAGAAGCAUCGAAAGAGCAGCUCAGAUAGUGAUGACGAAGAAAAGAAACAGGAAAAACUGAAAAAGGCACUGAAUGCAGAGGAGGCCCGCCUUCUUCAUGUGAAGGAGCUCAUGCAGGUUGAUGAGAGGAAGCGGCCUUACAAUAUCCUCUAUGAAACCCGGGAGCCCACCGAGGAGGAAAUGGAGGCCUAUAGAAUGAAGCGACAGAGGCCCGAUGACCCCAUGGCCUCUUUCCUUGGACAGUAGGAACUGGUUGCAGAUGGACAUUCAUGAUACACACAGCUGAUACAUUCUUUUCAGCUUCUUACCAAUGAUUGUAGAUGGAAAAGUCAGGGUCUUCUCAUCUUGCUGCCUGACUCUAAUAAAGCUUCCAGAAGUCUAAUAGUAAAUUCAUUCCUUUCCAUGCUGAAGGAAUAGAAGAAAAAUAAAGAGGAGGUACAUUAAGAGCAGAUUAAGAUUUUUAUUUCUGAUAUGGAAAGAGGCCCUGGCUGGCUUGCUCAAUUGCUUGGCAUUUUGAACGACAUAUUAAUUACUUUUUCUCAAAACUAGGGCUUCAUUUAUUUAAAAAAAAAUUAGUACCUGUAAUUUUUUUUUUUUUUUUGCCUUCUAAUGUUUUCAUGGUUUGCAAUUAAAAAAAAAAUCUAUCUGAAAGGAAAUUUAUAGAACAUAUGAGUAACUUUAUCCUCUUUGGUAAUAAUUCUGUUUUUCAUUCAUUUAUAAAAUUUUGAUUUUUUUAAUUUUUUCUGGUGUCUCAUACCCAGAACUAAAUGUGUUAGCCUUUGAGUGGAAAAAUAGUUGUUUUGUCAUUCUUGAGUCAGAGUUGACCAAUCAGUGAUAGGUCUCUUACCAUUCUAUAUAAUAAAAGUAUAAUAAGCAAAUCAACCGAACAGUGGAAUGACUGGUCGCUAUGAUGUGCACUGACCCACACUCAAUGCAGGAACUGCUCCCUGGUGGUCAGUACAAUCCCACUCAGCCAGAAGCCGGGCUCAUGGCUAGCAAGUGGAGCAUCUCCAGCUUCCACUGCAGACAGGCUGUAAGGAGUGAGGGGUCCCAGAGUGCAAGAGGGAUGUCUGACUACCAGCUUAGGCCCAAUCAGACAUCACCCGAGGGGUCGCGGACUGAGAGGGCGCAGGCCAGGCUGAGGAAUACACCUUAUUCCUCUAGUUUUGGAUAUAAGCAUUUAGACACAGAAAUCCUUUAUCAUAGGGGAUAUUGUUUGUGAUACUAUUUUUUUUGUUUUAAUUGUGAUUGCUUUUAUGUAACAAUCAUGAAUACUAAAUUUGAUUUUGAGUAUAGAAUUUCCUUGUACCUAAUCUUUGUAGCCAGCAGGUGUCACUCUGUAAAAUUUGCAAAAGCAAAACCUAAAGUUGACAGUUUCUUUAAAGAAUUAUAAGAAUAGCUUGUAGGGCUACUCGCAACUGCGAAUGCCAUGAUCCUCAAGCCUCUUCUAUGAACAUUGUGAAAAUACUCACAGGAGGAACAGAGUCUGUGAAAAAAAAAAAAAAUAGUUAAAACCUUUGACAUGAGAAUAUUGACUUUUAACAGCUCAUUGGAUUUUCUGAGCUAUCAAAAUAUGCUAUUGCAUUAAGUUAGCAUUUUAGAAAUAAUUCUGGUGGGAGCAUAGCUGAGUUGUCAAGUACUAUGGCUAUCUGCAUGGUAUCUAGAUUCAGGCUGGUAUGAAAUUAAAAUAACAAAUGCAAAUAGAUCUAAUUCUUAGCCACUUUAAGAAUGUCAAAAGUUUAUGUUUUCAUAUUCCUACUUUAAUGUAGGAUAGUUCAGCGUAAAUCUGAGAUUGGCGUUUAUUUUUUAUCUUAUUUAUCUUCUGUUAAUAAAGAUUUAUAAUUGAGAAU